UGACCCCUGGUGAAGCCCUGGUCACCAGGAAUAUUGUUCCCGCCACCUCUAGAACCUGUGAACAGGGACUUGGGUUGUUUUCGGUGCAGUGAGGGCGAAACAGCUGCUUACAAUAGACCAAGUUUUCAGGAUACAAGGGAAACCAGACGUGGAUGGCCACACUGAAAAGCUGACAGUGGAAUGGAAAUCUGAAGAGAACCAGCGCAAGCCAUUGACUUUGUAAUCUCAGGCAGAGAGGCCAGUGUUCCUAAAUCUGCUUAGCUGGGGUGCACGCGCCCGCAGGCAGGGAGAUCAAACGCCGCCCGGAAUGCGGAGGCGCGGGGACAAGGACAAGGACAUAUACGUGUAGAGAGCAUUAGAGUAUCUGGAUUUGAAGCAGUUAGCAAUGUCCCUGCCCAGUCGACAAACAACUAUUGUUAACCCACCUCCACCAGAAUUUAUCAAUACUAAGAAAAAUGGGCGACUGACAAAUCAGUUGCAGUAUCUACACAAAGUUGUCCUGAAGGCGUUAUGGAAACAUGGCUUCUCCUGGCCUUUUCAACAGCCUGUGGAUGCUGUAAAACUGAAGUUACCUGAUUAUUAUACCAUUAUAAAAAACCCAAUGGAUUUAAAUACAAUUAAGAAGCGGCUGGAGAAUAAAUAUUAUAUGAAGGCUUCAGAAUGUAUAGAUGACUUCAAUGUAAUGUUCUCAAAUUGUUAUUUAUAUAACAAGCCUGGUGAUGACGUUGUUCUUAUGGCACAAGCUCUGGAGAAGUUAUUUUUGCAGAAGUUAUCUCAGAUGCCACAAGAAGAGCAAGUUGUGGGCAAAGAAAGAAUAAAGAAAGGCACUCAACAGAAUGUAUCAGUUUCUUCUGUUAAAGAAAAAACAUCCCCCAAAGCAACAGAGAUUGUAUUUAAGCAGGAAGAAAUGCCCCCUGUACUUCCUGAGAUGUCCAUCUUUCCCUUAAACGUGGCACAAGGAGCUCUACUCCCCUCUAGCUCACAAACUGUGGUCCAAGCUACCAGGGGUGUGAAGAGAAAAGCAGAUACAACAACUCCUACAACUUCUGUAGUUAAAGCAAAUAAUGAAUCUUCUACACCACCUAUGGAAAAAAAACCAGCCAGAAUGCCACCAGUGAAAGAAAAUGGGCUGAAAAAUGUUUUUCCAGAUUCUCAACAACAUUGUAAAGUUGGAAAGAUUAAAGUAACAGAACAACUAAAGCACUGUAAUGAAAUUCUCAAGGAAAUGCUUUCCAAGAAACAUUUUUCAUACGCAUGGCCCUUUUACAACCCUGUUGAUGUUAAUGCUUUGGGACUAUAUAACUACUAUGACAUUAUCAAAAACCCAAUGGAUCUUGGAACAAUUAAGAAGAAAAUGGACAACCGAGAAUAUAAGGAUGCAUAUGAAUUUGCUGCAGAUGUUAGAUUAAUGUUCAUGAAUUGCUACAAAUACAAUUCUCCAGAUAAUGAAGUAGUGGCUAUGGCUAGAAUGCUUCAGGAUGUUUUUGAAGUGAAUUUUGCCAAAAUUCCUGAUGAGCCUAUUGAGAGCACUCCUGUAUGUAAUAUCACAACAGGCACUACAAAAACCAUUAGUAAAGAAAGCAGUAGUGAAGCUUCCUCUGAAGAUAACUCUUCUGAUGAUUCUGAAGAUGAACAAGUUAAGCAUCUUACAAAGCUUCAGGAGCAGCUUAAAGCUGUUCAUCAACAACUACAGGCUUUGUCCCAAGUUCCUUUCCGUAAGUUAAAGAAAAAAAAUGAAAAGUCUAAAAGAAGGAAAAACAGAGAAAAUAUUAAUAACAGAGAUGAAAAGCCAAAGAAAAAUUUUCAAGUAAAGGAAAAGUCCAACAGCAAUCAACCAAAGAAGAGGAAACAAGAGGUCUUUACUCCUAAAUCUGAAGAUGAAGAUAAUAUCAAGCCUAUGAACUAUGAUGAGAAAAGGCAGUUGAGUUUGGAUAUAAACAAACUCCCUGGAGAUAAACUGGGCCGAGUAGUUCAUAUAAUACAAUCAAGAGAGCCCUCACUGCAAAGUUCCAAUCCCGACGAGGUGGAGAUAGACUUCGAAACACUAAAACCAUCAACACUAAGAGAACUAGAAAAAUACGUUGCGGCAUGUUUAAGAAAAAGACCAUUAAAACCCCAUGAUAAGAAAGUACUGAAGUCCAAAGAAGAAAUUCAGUCCCAGAAGAAACAAGAGCUGGAAAAGCGGUUACUGGAGGUCAACAAUCAAUUAAAUUAUGGAAAACGUCAAACAAAGUUAGCUGAGAAGCCACCGUCAUCCACAGCCGUUGGAAUUGGAUCCCGUCUGAGUGAGAGCAGCAGCAGCAGCAGCAGCAGCAGUAGUAGCAGCAGCAGCAGCAGCAGCAGCCGUAGUAGCAGCAGCAGCAGCUCCUCAGGGUCUGAAAGUAGCAGCAGUGAUUCCAGCUCCUCUGACAGCAGUGACUCAGAACCAGAAACAUCUCCUCAACUUACUGGAAUAAAACAGAGUGAUCCACCUCCUAAAGAGAACAUAAAGACACUGUCUUCUGUGCAAGAAAAGCCCUCUGCUAAAACGGCCCUUGUUCAACAGACUGCACGUUUAUGUGAAAUGCCACCAAAUCACCACACAUUAGCACUCAAUCAUCAAGAGUUAGAACCUGUACAGACUGUGAAAAAUGUUACACCUUUACAAAUGCAACCUCCCUCAGGUGAUUCCAAACAGCUCUCGAAUGGCCCAACUAUGACGCAUCCACCUGGUGACGAUGACACGAUGGUGUUAGAAUCUGAACAUCAAGUUCCUGCGCAGAAGGAUAUAAAGAUUAAGAAUGCAGACUCUUGGAAAAGUUUAGGCAAACCAGUGAAAACAUCAGGCAUACAGAAAUCUUCAGAUCAGCUCUUCAACCAGUUUAGAAAAGCAGCAAUAGAAAAAGAAGCAAAAGCUCGAACACAAGAAUUAAUAAAGAAGCAUCUGGAGCAAAAUGCAAAGGAACCAAAAGUGUCUCAAGAAAAUCAAAGGGACCCUGGAAAUGAACUGACUCCAGAGUGUUUUGGAGAAGAGCAAGGAGAACAUCAGCAGUCACUGGACGCUCAGGAUAAGUGCAAGCUCUGGCUUCUCAAAGACCGUAAUUUAGCAAGGGAGAAAGAGCAGGAGAGGAGGAGGAGAGAAGCAAUGGAGGGUACCAUUGAUAUGACUCUUCAAAGUGACAUUAUGACAAUGUUUGAAAACAACUUCUACUGAAACUGAGCCUUUAAACUAACCAUCAACUUUAAAUGAGUGAUAUAAAAAUUAAAAUACAUAUGGUGAAAUGAUUGCUUUCAGACAUGAAGAUACCAAUUUCAUGUUGUAUUUGACUGCUCUAAAAUAAUUAAACAAUUUCACAUACAUUUUUAAA